GAACACAUACUAUAUUAAUAAUUUUAGAUUAAAUACUAUACUAUGACUUUUUUUUACCACAUACUAUACUGACUCAUUUUUGGUCACAUACUAUGCUUUGGCUCAUUUUAAACUGCAAACUAUAGUAUGACUCUUUUUUUUGAGUGAAUGCUAUACUAUGACACAAUUUUAGACCACAUUCUCUACUAUGACAUAUUUUUAUCACAAACUAUACUAUGACUCAUUUUAGAUUACUUACUAAACUAUGACUUUUUUUAACACAUACUAUACUGACUAAUUUUUGGUCACAUACUAUAUGCUAUGACUUUUUUUUUACCACAUACUAUACUGACAAAUUUUUGGUCACAUACUAUAUACUAUGACUUUUUUCCACAUACUUGACUAUAACUCAUUUUUGAGCACAUACUAUACAUUGACACUUUAUCAGAUACUAUGCCAUGAUUAAUUUUGGGGUGCAUACUAUACUGACUCAUUUUAGAUUACAUAUUAUACUAUUACUUUUUUUUUUACCACAUACUAUACUGACAAAUUUUUGGUCACAUACUAUAUACUAUGACUUUUUUUUCCACAUACUUGACUAUAACUCAUUUUUGAGCACAUACUAUACAUUGACACUUUAUCAGAUACUAUGCCAUGAUUAAUUUUGGGGUGCAUACUAUACUAUGACUCAUUUUAAAUUGCAUAGAAAACUAUAGCUUAUUUUAGACCACAACCUAUACAAUGAGGCUUUUUUUCUCAGACACUAUACUAGGCCUAAUUUUUAGUCACAUCUUAUUCUAUGACCAUUUUUUUAAUCACAUUCCAUACUAUGAAUCAUUUUUUAGCCAUAGUAUGGAAUGUGUCUAUGACACUAUUUUCAUCACAUUUUUUCUAUGACUAAUGUUUUUGGACAAACUAUACUAUGGUGUGUGAGAUUCUGGUGUUUUCACUUUUACUUCGGUGAAUAUUCAAAUAUUUACCAUUUCCCAUAUCGUAGUUGUUCAUGAUAAGCUGUGACAUGAUGAGCAUUUUCUUUGUUUUUCCUUGUUUCCAGUUGCAAGAGGAGUCCCUAGAAAAAGUGAUUAAAGACACAGAGUCUCUGUUUAAAUCCAGAGAGAAGGAAUAUCAGGACACAAUUGACCAGAUAGAGCUCGAACUGGCCACAGCAAAAAGCGAUAUGAAUCGUCACCUGCACGAGUACAUGGAGAUGUGUUCCAUGAAGAGAGGACUGGAUGUUCAGAUGGAGACCUGCAGGAGACUCAUCACACAGAGCGGAGAUAGGAAGUCCACCUCUCAGAUCACGGUGGCUGUAGACGACUCCAACCCUGAGGAGAAGCCGCAUCCGGUUCCAGGCCUCAGUGUGUCCUCUGAUCUGGAUGAAGCCCUGAACACACACAGACACAUAGCUGGUUCUCUGGAGUAAUGCCACAGUGAAUCUCUCCUUUGGGGUUUGACGGUCCUAAUCCUAAAAUACUCUAUGAUCUAUGGUUAAUACAUUAAGCUCACAGCUGCCCCCUAUGGUGACCAGCUGUAACUGCACUGAACGAGUCUGUUUUUUUAUUUUUUUUUAUUUUGUUAUAUAACUAAGUCUCCGCAUUUUAACACAGCCACACAGGCGGCAUUCAGUUAACGGUUUCUGUUUAUCCCUCAUUAACAUUUUCCACUAUUAUAUUUAUUGGUGACUGAUAAUUAGUCACUUUUAAAGAAGAGACAAUGAAGAGAAAUGAAACCACAGCUGAUUAAUAUAAAUAUGUCUGCUGUUUUAUGUUAUUUUUUAACUAGAAAAAGGCCACAUUUACUCAAAUUAUGGUUAUUUUAAUCACCUACUGAGGGACUAAAAAAUUGGUUAGUGUAAUUAAAUUCAAUCCGAAGACUUGAGUUACAUUUGUGAAAACCUUCGAAAAAAGCUCUAAUAUUGUCUCAGUUGGGAGGUUUUGGGGCUCUCAUCAAAUCUAGGAAAUUUAGGAGAGAAGAUGGGUUUGUUUUCCUCAUGCUUUGCCAGAAUAUGCUGCUCACAUGUUACGAUAUGUGGUAUCAACCAAGUAAUGUUUGGUUUGGAAUCCAAGUUUUUUCCAUCAAUUGUAAGAUUCAUUGUGUGAUCUAGAAACUAUCAAAGCAAAGUCAUCAAAGAUGAGCAAACUGGAAGAAACUGAUGAAAAGUUGCUGCAUUGUAAGAGAACAAUUAAAUGACUGAAGUCUUUACUAGAAUAUUUUGCUUAUAAUUAAUUUUGUUGAGUUUUCCUAUGAAUUCGAAUGGCUCCAAGUUGUUUGUCAAAUAUCGGCCGCUGAGGUGAAGUUGUUCCUUUGUUUGUCUCUGCGUAGACGUGGCCUGUACAUACGCCGAGUAUAACGCUGCCGCUUCCUGCUACAAUAGACGUUACACUGAGGGGAAGUUAGACUUUAUCUGAGAUUCACUGCAGCUGUUGUUCUGGGAUCAGUUCAAACGUUUCUUUACAAAGUGAACACUAGAAAUGCUGAGUAUUGGUAUGAAUGUUACUUUAUCACUUUGUUGUUUCACACACUGAUGUUUGUCUGCUUAUACAGUAACCUGUAGUCAGCUUCACUGAGACAAGAACCAUAAAACAUGACGAUGCUCAUAUUCUGUAUUUGGUUGUUUUACACUUUUCUUAUAAUUGUCACUGCUCUAAGAAGAAACAAACACAAAGUGUAGUUAAAGACCAACAGACUCACCGUCUGACGGGUUCCUCCAGAUGCUGCUGACGCCUGAGUGGAGAAAACAAAGGAAACAAAUGAACAAAGAGCAGAACUACAUGAUGAAGCUUCCACAGUGCAGUAAAUGCUCUGUAUGUGAUGGUUCCUCGAGUUGCUGGAGCAAAAUACAAACGCACACAAUAAACGGCGCUAAACAA